UGAGACUAACCUUCCCAGUCCCCUUGCUCAAACAACCAGGCACAGGCAGCCAGUCACACCGCAUGCCCUUAUCUACCAAUGGAAUGCAACAGCUGUGGCAGGGGGCCGCCAAGGGUGGGCCGGCUCGAACCCCCCUGCCGGGGCCCCCACUCCCCCUCUCCGCAGGGCUUCUACUCCUGAAAGGCAGGUUCAACUAAAAAGUGUGUUCUGAGACAGAGUGGGCGCCUCGACAGGGCUGCACUGCAAAAACACAGAGGUGGGGGAAGAGGGUUGAGAGAGAGAACGAAGGGGAGCGAGAGAGAGAGAGUCGGGGACGGCGCUCGAAAAGGAGGCGCACAAAGAGGAGGAAAGUGAAGCGAGGGAGGGGAUUUGAAAGCUCGGGUGAAGGGGGAGAGGGAAAGACAAAAGAAAGCGAGGGAGACGUAGUAGGAGCAGGGGGAAGCGAGGGGACGGCGCAAAUGGCUACGGAGGACACGGCGGGGGGAGCGCGCAAAGCCACCAAGAGCAAACUGUUUGAGUUCCUGGUCCAUGGAGUGCGUCCUGGAAUGCCAUCUGGAGCUAGGAUGCCCCACCAGGGUGCCCCCAUGGGCCCCCCCGGCCCCCCGUACAGUGGGAGCCCUACGGUGCGGCCCGGCCUGCCCACCCCGGUCAUGGAGCCCAGCCGCAAGAGACCUGCCCCCUCCCAGCAGAACCAGCAGCAGCAGAACGUACAGAACCGGGCCAGAAAGAAGCCAGUGGGAUUCCCUGGAGCCAAUGAGAUGCCAGCGAGGCAGAUGGACAUGAGAGAUGCCCAAUCAGAUCCAACGCUCGGAUCAAACGCCAAGAGAAGGAAAAUGGCAGACAAGAUUCUCCCACAGAGGAUUCGUGAGCUGGUCCCUGAGUCACAGGCUUACAUGGACCUGCUGGCCUUCGAACGUAAACUGGACCAGACCAUCAUGCGUAAACGGGUGGACAUCCAGGAAGCCCUGAAGAGACCCAUGAAGCAAAAGCGUAAACUGAGGCUGUACAUCUCCAACACCUUCAACCCUGCCAAGCCCGACGCUGACGACUCGGAUGGCAGUAUUGCAUCAUGGGAGCUGCGGGUUGAGGGGAAGCUACUAGAUGAUCCUGGGAAGCUGAAAAGGAAAUUCUCCUCUUUCUUCAAGAGCCUGGUGAUUGAGCUGGACAAAGACCUAUACGGUCCUGACAACCACCUUGUAGAGCUGCUGACCAGUAAAGCGAAGCGAUUCAGCCUUCCAAAAGACAACAUACUCAAAGGGUCGAGAGCAAGGCUGCUCGUUGAAAGUUGGCACCGCACUCCCACCACCCAGGAGACGGACGGCUUCCAGGUGAAGCGGCCAGGGGACGUGAGCGUGCGCUGCACACUGCUGCUCAUGCUGGACUACCAGCCCCCCCAGUUUAAACUGGACCCUCGUCUGGCUCGGCUGCUGGGUAUCCACACUCAGACCCGCUCCUGUAUCAUCCAGGCCCUGUGGCAGUAUGUCAAGACCAACAAGCUGCAGGACUCCCAUGACAAGGAGUACAUCAACUGUGACAAGUACUUUCAGCAGAUCUUUGACUGCCCGAGGCUCAAGUUCUCGGAGAUCCCUCAGCGUCUCACCAACCUCCUCCUGCCCCCUGACCCCAUCGUCAUCAACCACGUCAUCAGUGUGGACCCUAAUGACCAGAAGAAGACUGCAUGCUAUGACAUUGACGUGGAGGUGGAGGACCCCCUGAAGAGCCAGAUGAGCAGCUUCCUGCUCUCCACCGCCAACCAGCAGGAGAUCGCCUCAUUGGACAACAAGGUGGGACAACCACACAGGAAGGAUAGCCAAUCACAAUUACCCAAGAUGACCUUAAAGAUCCAUGAGACCAUUGAGUCCAUCAACCAGUUGAAGAUCCAGAGGGACUUUAUGCUCAGCUUCUCCAGGGAUCCUAAAGGCUACAUCCAGGACUGGCUCAAGUCCCAGAGCAGAGACCUGAAGAUGAUGACAGACGUGGUGGGGAACCCAGAGGAGGAGAGGAGGGCUGCGUUUUACCACGAGCCCUGGUCCCAGGAGGCAGUCAGUCGCUACUUCUACUGCAAGAUCCAGCAGAGGAGACAGGAGCUGGAGCAGGCCUUGGCCGUGAGGAACACCUAAACGCCAUCUCGGACGUCACGCUGCACUCUUAAUCUGACCCCAGACCUGUUUUUUUGUGUGCUUUCUUCACAUUACUGUAGUACUGUGACCCGUGGCCUCUGACCCAUCCCCAAUCGCAUGUAUCUAAAAAUAAAAAAAACUUUAACAAUCUGUUCAUCUCUGAUGGACAUGACCGGGCAUCUCUCUCCACACUCCUGGAAUCCCAGGCCCACAGUUGGUUACUUUUAAUGUCACCCACUAGCAUGUGAGUCUUUCCGUAGAGACUACAAGUAAUUGUACCAGCUCCCUGCAGAAUGAUCACUGCGUCUUGGAUCCUUCUCAUCUCAACCAGAUGGACUGAAUCCAGCAGUUCUGUACAUAAUCGAACGGUCAUAAUGGUCCACUGCAUCUCAUUCAUGAGUCCAAAGUGGCUGUUUGUAACUUACGUUUCAAGUGUCUUGACUCACACACCGUUUGGAUUGUGUCCAUUUGUUUUUAGUGUAUCAUUAGCUGUAUGGUUCAUGUGAGCCAUAUGCUCAGUGUGUGUGUGCGUGUGUGUGUGUGUGGAACCAAAUGAACACCAGCGGAAUGAAGAUUACAGUAUGAAGUAAUGGGUCGUGGGACUGGACUCAUUUCUAUUCUGAAGCCCAAAUGUUGAUGUCUGUCAUUUUAAAACAUGAAUUUGUUCAAGGUAGGCAGCUUUCAUGAAUUAGAUUUGCCCUCAUUAUAAACUAAUCUAAAAUGCAAUCUUAAGAUUAGCUUAAUUUCGUUCAACUUUCUUCUGUAAUUUACUUAAAACAAUGUAACAGUAUAAGUAGAUCUCUGUAUUAGUCCAUAUGUAUUUCAGCAGAUUGUUAAAAGGGACAAUGACAAUUAACACCAAUAUCUGCUGGCUGUAGAAAGGAUAGAUGGUGACAGGAUGAGUAAGCGCAAGGUGAAGUACUGUGGUAACACUUGGCAGCCAUAGCGUGGAGCCUUGGAGUCAGUACACCCUGUAUGCUUUUACACAGACUAGCUCUCUGUAACAAAGCACCCAGACGGACUUGUCGCAGCAAAUUGCCAUGCAAAUGAAUUAGCUUUAGUGGUUAAUUGUUUGUGCCGCUUCAUUGUCCUGUCAUAAUAACGCUACCAAAGUCAUGUCUGGGAACAGUAUUAGCUACAGAUCUCACCCAAUACUCAAGCCAGUGUUUUUAAUAUUAACGAUGGACACAUUUUUUAAUAUGAUGUAACCAACACCAAUUCCUAUGUUGAACAAUCAUGGGGCGGGCAGUGACGCUGCAGCCACAACAUCUGUACAUUGCCUGCUAUGAAAAAUGUUGGCCGGUAAACUAAUUCUAUUAUUUGAAAUGAAUGAAGAAAUGGGUCUUUGUUCAUUGUAUUUUUUUAGUUAAACAUCUAUUGUGAACUAUCUGUCCCAAAUGGAUCUGUCUGACAGUAUUUUGUCCUUGACCAUUUUGACGGAGUCACCAAAGGUCUCGAUAAAAGAGUAUUAUACUAGUUAAAAUAGACAAUGUACAAUGGUUACUGUGAUUUUGUCUCAGCUCGAUAAAGCUGUGUUACCAGUUGAAACUGAAGGGUGAAUAUGAAGACAUUUUUAAGGGAUAUGUGAAUGUAAAUAUCAUCUUUUGUCCUCCCUUGUUGGCAACUGUACAGCCUCCGACUUGUCUGUUUGUGUGUUUCGUUUAGGGAACGGCGGGACAUAUGGGGUGGGAGGGAUUGGGUUUCAUAGGUUUAAAGCUGUAGGACAGGGGUGCUAGUGUCCCUCUAUGUACACUGGGGGGGGGGUAUUUUAGGUUCUUGUUGAGUUUUAAUGGGGCAGAACCAUAGAAUUGAAUGCUGGGAGUGAUGAUGCCUCCAUCUCGCCACAUACAAGGCUUGCUCAUCUCUAACUACCACAGCAACUCCGUUCUGUGCCCUUCUAGUUUUGUGUGUGUCAUGGAAGCCUUUUCAGUUUCUGAUUUGAAAUCGACACGGCUGUCUUCUGUAACGUUCAGACUUGUGUCCUUGUUACAUUUGUUUUGUGUCAAGAUGCUCUUCAACAUGGCUGAGGGCUCCUAUACUCAGCAUAAAGAGGUUGUGUUUCAUAAAGACUUAGGCAUGCUGCAUGGACAGGUUUUAUACAUUUCAAACAGGACAUGUAAAUACCCUCACGAAUGCAUGGAAGCGGAUCUGAAGAGCACUGGAUUUGACACUAUCUUUUGUGAAUGGGGCCUUUUUCAACCAUUUGCUAAAAACCUGUAUGCUACCCAGCCAGCAUAAUGUUAUAUGCAUAUGAGAGUUUUUGUCACUACAGGUUCCAUGUAUGUCAACUUCACCAAUCAAGGGAGCAUACUAGUUGUUGUAUUCAAUUGUGUCAAUCGAUACUUGUUUGACCCAGAUGUUCUUGUAUGUUUGGCAGUCAUGGAGCAUCUUUGACUGUUGGGCACCCCUUGCUGGGCAUUCUAGAAACUACAACUCACUGACACCCUCUGUCUGACAAUGGAAACCUAUCAUUUGACUAAUAUAAAAAGACUACUUAAACUGUG